AUGGAGACCACCACCACUUCUCUUCCAUUUGUCCACAUCAAGCAAGAACCACCAGAGCCGGCCGAGAUGCCCGCCCCAGCCGGGCUUGUUUUGCCGGCCGCCGCUCCACCCCGAACCGCUGUAACCCCCUCGGCUGCCGCUGUUGAAGAGAAUCCCCGACCUCCGCCGCUCGACGGGAUAGCGGCCGUGGUCGGUUACCACGUGCUCUACGGGAGCCGGCCUGACCAAGCUGGACCGGAGAGGCUGCCGAUGGCUCAGAAAGAAGGUGAGUUUAAGGGAGGUGCGGGUACCGGGGGCGGUGAGGAGACCAGCGGAGGGAGGAACUACAGAGGGGUGAGGAAGAGACCGUGGGGGAGAUGGUCGGCGGAGAUCCGGGACAGGAUAGGGCGGUGCCGGCACUGGCUGGGGACGUUCGACACGGCGGAGGAAGCGGCGAGGGCGUACGACGCCGCCGCCCGACGGAUGAGGGGGUCCAAGGCUAAGACCAACUUCGCCACCUCCGUCUACAUCCCCAAGCCCCUCUCUUCCUCUUCCUCCUCGUCCGCUUCCUCUUCAAAAGUUGGCUCCGGUAGUAAAUGUGGUAGAGAGGAGAAGAGGAGGGGAGGUGAGAGCAGGAGAAAGUGCGAGAAGGUGACCUCAUUCGCUCAGCUACUUGGCUCUACGAGGGUUGCUGGUGGUGGCGCUGGUGAACGGCUGAGAGAGGGCGGAGAUGGAUCCGAACAUGGUUCUUUGGAGUACCAUAUACGUAUAUGA